AUGUGGUUUGAAAGCAUCCACCACCCCUGCGAGCUGGUGAAGGCAAUUUUUUCCAGCUGCAAAUUCAGCCCCGAGCUGGGGCAGGUGGCUUACGGCAGGCAGCUUAUGCAGGGCCACCCCACUCGUAGCUGUGCGGGCCGGCCCCGCCGCUCCUCCUCUCCUCUCCACCCCGUCCCGUCUCGUCCCGUCUCGUCCCGUCCCUCCUCCCCCGGGAAAGCGAAAGCGCGGCGGGCGGAAGCCGUGCCGCGCCGUGCACUCCGUGCCGGGGCCGCGCCGCGCCGCACCGGGGCCGCACCGGGGCCGCACCGGGACCGCACCGGGGCCGCCAUGGCCUCCAUCGGCGACUUUUUCCGACGGAGCCUGCGGCGCUCGGAUCGCAGAGAAGGAAAAGAGGAACCCCCAGCAGCAGAAAGCAACCCCUUACGGGGGUCCCAGGGGAAGGCUGGAGACCGCAGCUCUGUCCUCUAUUCAGCCAGCCAGUUCUUCUUUGAGUACCUGGUGGUGGUGUCACUAAAGAAGAUGUCAGAUGGCCGUUACGAACCCAAGAUAUCAUACCAGUUCCCAAAGCGCGAGAACUUGCUCAAAGGCCAGAAGGAGGAGGAAGAACGUCUCUUGCAAGCCAUCCCCCUCUUCUGCUUCCCCGAUGGCAACAACUGCACCCCCGUCACUGAAUUCACCAGCGAAACCUUUUCUUUCGUCCUGACAAAUGUGGAUGGCAGCCGGAAGAUUGGCUACUGCAGGCGGCUGCUGCCAGCCGGCCGUGGCACCCGCCUCCCUGAGGUCUUCUGCAUCAUCAGCUGCCUGGGCUGUUUCGGGCUUUUCGCCAAGAUCCUGGACGAGGUGGAGAAGAGGCGCCAGAUCUCCAUGGCGGUCAUUUACCCCUUCAUGCAGGGCCUCCGGGAAUCGCCCUUCCCAGCUCCAGGGAAAACUGUCACGAUUAAAAGUUUCAUCCCCGAGUCAGGCACAGAGCUCAUCGAGCUCACGCGGCCCGUGGACGCCCACCUGGAGCACGUAGAGUUCCAGGCGUUGCUGCAGCGGCUCAGCCCCCACCUCAUCCUGCACAUCUUCGCCUCUGCCGUUCUGGAGCGGCGGCUCAUUUUCCUGGCAGAGGAGCUCAGCGUCCUGUCGCAGUGCAUCCACGCGGUGGCCGCUCUCCUCUACCCCUUCACAUGGGCUCACACCUACAUCCCCGUGGUGCCUGAGUGCUUGCUCGACACUGUCUGCUGCCCCACACCCUUCAUGGUGGGCAUCCAGAUGCGUCACCUGGAGCGGGUCCUGGAUCAGCCAAUGGAAGAGGCUCUGCUGGUUGACCUGUGUGAAGGGAAGAUCCUCCGUGCGGUGGGCGACGAGGAGGAGAUCUUGCCCGCCAAGCUGCAGAACGAGGUGCUGACGUCCCUGAACAGGCACAACAACAACAACAACGUGCAGACGUCCGAGCAAGUGAACGCGCUCGUCUCUGAGGCCUUCGUGCAGUUCUUCGUCCGGCUGGUCGGCCACUACGCCUCGCACAUCAAGUGGGGCAAGAGCGGCCAGGGCACUUUCCAGGAGCGGGCCUUCUGCAAAGCCAUCACCUCCAAGACCAACCGCAAGUUUGUGAAGAAGUUUGUCAAGACCAACAUGUUUUCCCUAUUUAUUGAGGAAGCAGAGAAGAGCAGGAUCCCCCAGGAAGCGUAUUUCCAGCAGAAGAUAACAGAAUACCACGAACAAAAGAAGCAGCGAAGGGACUCCUGAAGCCCGGCCCAGGAAGCGAGGAGCAGGCCUGGGGGCCGAGCAGGUCUCUGCCAGCAGACCCGACCCGCAUCCCGUCGGCGGGCAGAGCGCGCCAGACUCCGCCGGAUCCGUCUGCCGGUGCCUCCUCAUCCGCCUGCACCGUGAGCCGUGCAGGCAGCCCUGAACACCAGUUUCUUCCCUAUUUUUUUUCCACUCCUCAGGGCACUUUUGCACUGGAAAAUGUUUUUGCACAGAGCUAGCAAGCAGGCUGUGAUUUUUUUUCCUGAUCUUGCUAGCAACCAGGACAAACCGCAGCUCUCGCGGUGCCCAGCUCUGCAUGGAGCCAUCGGGACGCCACGCGGAGACGGAGGGAAGGCAGGGAGCAGGCGCCUGCUGGCUGCGGGACACCAAGGCUUGGAGAGUAAAUGUUAAAGAAAAAAAAAAGAAAAGGAAAUUACCUCUAAUUAAAACAAAGCUAGAUUUUGCAAAUAAGUCAUGGCCCAUCACAUGCAUUUCCAAGGUUUCUAUUAUUAACACUUGUUUCACUCUAUUUUGUAUCAAGAUACGCUCGGCAGCGGCAGGAACUCGAAAGUCUCGGUGGAUUUUAGGGCCGUUUCCUCUGUGGCAGCUGCCUGCUUCGCUGUUACCGCUGUGAGCAACACUCCCAGUUUAGCUCUUUGAAGAAACGAAAAUAUUCUCUUCCAGGAGGUUAUUUAUUUGUGCUGCAAUCAAACAGCGAAGGCCACAGGGCUGCAUCUGGUAGUGGAGGGAAACGGCAGAGCAACAGCCCUGGGUAGGGAGGAAGUAUUUAUUAAAAUUCAACAGCAAACCAUGUCGAGGUUCUGCUUUUUUCCUGGCUUUGGUGCCAACUGCCCUUAAAACCUUGCAGUUCUUCUCCGCGCUGCCUCUGAAAGGUGAAGCCUGCAGCACAUUUUAAGCCGCGUUACGGCCCCUCUCCCUUUCCUACCGCGUUCAUCCGGACAACGAAUAUCACGGCACGGAAAGCCGGCGCCGGCUGCGGACCCGCCUGGUUCUUCCCGGCCGAGCCGGGGCCAGAGGCUUCUCGCCGGCAAGGGCCGGGAUGGAAGAUGCAGCCGCGUCCUCGCAGGCUGGAUGGCGUCGCCGACCCGCCGCACCGCUCGGUCCCCGCCGGACGCGCGCUCGCGUUUGGGUGUUUAUCAAAAGCAGGCGUUGCUACAAGUUUUGCCAUAGCGCUGUCAUCGAGCGUCACGGCGAGAGAUUUUUUUGUACAAAAUUCAGCUGUCGGCUGACUUUCAGAGCUGUUGAGCAUUUGACUAAUGAAAAUGAGCCAGAUGCGGAGGGCGUUUAUUUUAAAGUAACGGUGUUUGUGCAGUCAUGCACAGGACUGAUGGAAAAAGGAAAAAAAAAAAAAAAGGUAAAAGAGCUGCGCAGAGUGUGGAAACUGUGAACAAAAAUGAAACUUUCUCGCCACGGUGACAGAAAUUUGUUUAUUUUUGUUCAAAGCCAUGUGUGCUGGGGGGAGGAGGGGAACUAUUUGUUAAAAAAGAGAGGCUUUGGGCACUGUAGAUAUCUUCCCUCGUUCCACAAGUUUCCCCUCCUGGGUAGAGAGAACGCUACAGGUAGUUUACAUUAAAGAUUAUUUGUUGGGGUUUU